AGCUUCAGGCCAUUUCAGUAGCAUUUUGACGCAGCUUUGGUAAUGACAGUGAAUCGGCUCCGCAAAUAGUAAUUAGAUACCAUAACGAAAUGUACCAGCGAGAUAUUGAGUCAAAGCAUGCAGACUCUACGGAUAAAUCCGCGAGUGCUGGCCAUGAGUAUGAGGAAAUACUUAAGCUAAUAGGAUUUGGUCGUGUACAAUGGAUAGUACUAUUUGCAUCCGGAUUUUUGCUAAUGAUGGUCAUAAACGAGACCAUGGGUAUGUCCUACAUUACGAUUGUAUCGCAGUGUGAUUUCCAAACAAGUUCUAUGGAUAAGGCUAUCAUGAGUGCAGCUAGUUUUAUCGGAAUAUUUUGUUCUUCAUAUUUCUGGGGUUAUCUCAGCGAUUCUAUUGGGCGAAGACCUGUGUUAAUAUACACUACAUUUUCUGGCAACAUCAUUUCGUUUAUCUCAAUAUUUGUUCCCAACUACUGGAUUUAUGUCGUAUUUCGCUUCUUUGUUGGCUUCUUCAUUGCUGGUGCGUCAUCAACAACAUAUGCCUAUCUAGGCGAAUUCUUCACGUCUCGUCAUCGUCCUUUAGUUAUCAACUAUGCUAGUUUAUUUGUUGGUAUUUCAACGGUUUAUGUUCCUGUUGUUGCAUGGCUUGUAAUGACAAUGGAUUGGCGUUUAGAAAUCACGGAUAAUUUUGCAUUUCGCCCUUGGCGCCUGUUGACUGUAUUUUAUUUGAUGCCCGGUGUUUUGGGUACUCUUUUGCUUUUGAAACUACCUGAAAGUCCCAAAAUUCUAAUAUCUAUGGGUAAAACCGAAGAGGCUUUUGUUGCCAUCAAUUGGAUUGCUCUGAAGAACUCAGGCAAGGAGUUACGUGAGCUCAAAGUAGAAAAACUGAAGAUAGACGUAAUUCCUGAAAGAGAAAAUGGAAUUUGUGUGUCCAAUUCAGCAUCAAUCGUGUUGAAGAAAAUGUGGCAAGAUACUGCUCCGUUGCUGAAGAAACCGCAUUUAUUAAACUUCAGCAUCAGUUGCACAGUCAUGUGUGGCCUGUUCUUCAGCUCAUCUGGCAUGGGUUUAUGGUAUCCCGAAAUAUUAAAUCGCUUGGGAUCGACCAUAGUUGAAGAUAUUACCACCGUCUGUCAGGUAAUCGAUGCCUCUAUUGACCAAUCGCACCUAAACGUAACAAAUUCACAGAUUUGCAACGACCAAAUCAGUAUCAAGAGCUACAUAGACACAAUUACUUAUGGCUCGGCUCUCAUCGCUGGCUACAUUGUGAUGGGCUUUGUCAUCAAUCGUAUCGGUCGAAAGGCCUCCAUUACAGGGGGACUAUCUAUUGCAGCUGGUUGUGCUGUAGCUUUGAUCUGGAUCACAGAUGAGAUCGCCAUCGUAGUCUGUUUCUGCUUGUACCUUGUACUGCCUGGACUUUGCAUAUCGGUGUUGAGCGGAGCUGUCGUCGAUCUGGUUCCCACCCACCUAAGAGGUAAAGCUGUCUGCAUCUGCUUAAUGCUGGGUAGAACCGGCAGUGUUUUUGGAAGUAAUAUCAUUGGAGUUCUAUUAGAAUCCUAUUGCACUAUUACUUUUGGAGUAUUUUCUGGAUUUGUUUUGGUUUGCGCUUUGUUGACUUUGAUGUUGCCUAUUUAAACAUUCUACAAAUAUUUCCAAUCAAGACUUAUAGUAGUAUUUAAAUUACAACCAAUGCAUAUUCAACAGCAUUAUCAUCAAGUGCUAAACAAUUUAUUAUUUUCGCUAAGAUUGAAAAAAUGUGAAAACCUUUCAGUACCCAAUUUAUUGUUUUUCAUUCACUGCACUUUUCUGUACAUUAUUUAUAUACUAUGUAAUAUAUACAUAUUUUAAUGGAGGCGGAAAGAGAUGAGCGUAAAUAAA